AUGAACAGGUACAAGGUGAUCAAACAGCUGGGGGAUGGGACGUACGGGUCGGUGUGGAAGGCGGUCAACCGGCAGACCUCCGAGGUCGUCGCGAUCAAGAAGAUGAAGAGGAAGUUCUACUCCUGGCAGGAGUGCAUGAACCUGCGGGAGGUGAAGUCGCUCCGCAAGCUCAACCACCCGUGCAUCGUGAAGCUCAAGGAGGUCAUUCGGGAGUCGGACGAGCUCUUCUUCGUGUUCGAGUACCUCGACUGCAACCUGUACCAGGUCACGAAGGACCGCGACCGGCCGUUCAGCGAGUCGCGCGUCCGCAACUGGAUGUACCAGAUCCUGCAGGGCCUGGCCUACAUGCACCGCCAGGGCUACUUCCACCGCGACAUGAAGCCGGAGAACCUCCUGCUCACCAAGGACUGCGUCAAGAUCGCGGACUUCGGCCUCGCGCGCGAGAUCCGCUCCCGCCCGCCCUACACGGACUACGUGUCCACGCGCUGGUACCGCGCGCCCGAGGUCCUCCUGCGGUCGCCCUACUACAGCGCGCCCAUCGACAUGUUUGCCAUGGGGGCCAUCAUGGCGGAGCUGUACUCGCUCCGGCCGCUGUUCCCCGGGUCGAGCGAGGCGGACGAGAUCUACAAGAUCUGCUCCGUCCUCGGCACGCCCACGCAGUCCACGUGGCCCGAGGGCAUCAAGCUGGCGCAGGCCAUGAACUUCCGGUUCCCGCAGUUCAACGCGACGCCGCUCGGGAAGCUCAUCACGACCGCGUCGCCCGAGGCGAUCGACCUCAUGACGCAGAUGUGCCACUGGGACCCCGCGCGGCGGCCGACCGCGGUGCAGGCGCUGCAGCACCCCUACUUUGCCGUGGGGAUGAAGGUGCCGCCGACGCUGCACGGGACCGGGACGACGCGCCCCGCGGAGCGCCCGAACACGUACGCGUCGCCCGCGGGGGUCGCGGCGGCCGGGGUGCACGCGGAGGACCGCCGCGCGGGGGCGCAGCAGCCGGGGGCGGCGGCCGCGCACCGCGGGGGGGUGCUGAGCGAGACGCUGCCGUCGCUGCCGGGUGCGCGGUCGCGGAACGAGGCCGAGCUUGGCGCCGCGAAGCAGGCCGCGAUCCCCGCCGCCGCGCACCGCGCCGGCGUCGCGCCCUCGCAGGCGCCGGCGCCGCUGCCCGCCGCGGGCCAGGGCUCCCUGCUCUCGCGCAUGCGCGCGAACAACGCGAUGCCGGGGCAGCUGCCAGGCAUCCAGCCGUCCCCGGGCGCCGAGCACCUCCGGAAACAGUCCGGCUCGCGCGAACGGCGCUCUUCCAAGGAGCACGGCGUCCACCACCGCGCGAGCGACCCGCAGGACAGCGUCGCGGCGCAGCCGGACUGGUUGCGCGGGUCUGCGCUGGGGUCCGGGCGGAGCAGCGCGAAGGGCGGGAUGGUCGGGAGCUACGCGCGCAACGCGCGGUACCGUGCAGGCAUGCAGCCGCUGUCCGCGAUGGACAUCAUCAACGCCAACCCCCUGGGGCAGCAGCACGCGGGGCGGGAGGCUGCGGGGUUCCACGCGGCGCCGCGGCGGGCGGGGAAGAGCGGGAGUGGCGGGGUGGGGGAGGGGCUGCCGGAGCUGGCUGGGCACGGGUUGUGGGGCGGUGCGGGCGCGCGGCAGGGGUACCAGGCGCACGCGGCGAACGCGCCGCCGUCGAACCUGGCGGCGCGGAUGCAGGCGGUGCAGGGUGGGCCUGGGGGCGCGGUGGGGUAUGGCGGCGGGCACGUGCACAGCAACUACGGGGCGCUGGGGAGCGCGGCGGCGGCGCAGCAACGCGGGCCGGCGCCGUUCGGGCGGAGAGCGCUCGGGGGAGGGUACGGGCGGUCAGGCGGGUACUGA